UAUAUAAAAUCAAUUCUCAUUUUUUUCGCAUUACAUAAUUUCUUCUGAAAAUAUUUUUUACUAUCUAAUAAUAGAACAUAUAUUUUAUAAUUUAAAAAAUUUUGCUUUAUCUUGAAUCAUUAUGAGAUGGAAUUAUUUAAAAAAACAAAAAUAAUAUAAUAAAUUUGAAAAAUUGAUUUCAUAUAGAAUAAAAUUUUUGUUUUGAUAACAUACAUUUAAUUGAAUUUGUGUAAAGUGAAUAAAAAUUAACUGUAUAUAUGAAAUUCUUAUUAACUUAUUAACAAGUUAAUGAAAAUAUAAAUAAAUUUUACAGUGGAUUAUAAUAUUUAAUUUAAAAGAAAUAUUUCGUUUGAACAUAGUAUCUAAAUUUAUUUUAAAGAAUUAAAGACUGAUCUAAUUUUAUGUAUGUAUACAUACGUAUAAAUAUAAAUAUAUAUGUAUAUAUAUAUAAUAUAUAUAUAUAUAUAUUGCAUCCUUUUAUAAAGAUAAAAAUUUAAAAAAAAAUAAAGAUUUCUGAAAUAAAUAAUUUAUAUUUUUAUGAUAAAUGAUCAUAUAUAUCAUUUGGGAAUAUUAAUAUUUUCUGUUCAAUAAAUAAAUUAAUGAUACUAUAAUUUGUUAAUUAAUUUAUUAUAACUGAAUACAUAACAAAUUGUGUUAAAAUAAUGUUAUUAACAGAUGUGCUAAAUUAUUAAUUUAUAACAAUGUAAUAUAUUGUAAAUAUAUAAUACUUUAAAUUGAAUGCUAUUAUGAAAACUAAAAUAUAUUUACAUUAUUUAAUAAAAUUUUGUUUUCUGUAUUUUAAAAUAAAUUAUAUAAAAUAUAAAAUAUUUUAAUUGUCAUUUUUUUAUUAAUAUUCUUUUAAAAUUUGUGAAAUUUUUUCAAAUAUUUAUAUAACGCAGUUUAAUUUAUAUGAUUACAAAACAAAGCUUAAUUAAUAUAGUUACAUAUAUUAUUAUGUUAUUUUGAAUUUUUUGUAAUGUAUUAUUUUGUAAUGUAUUAUAGACAUCUUUUCUUUCUGAAUAAUUACCAGAAAUUUUAUAAUUUAAAAAUAUUUUAAUAAUAAAUAAAAUUUCAAUAUGUAAAAAAAAUAUAUAUAAAUAAUUUAUGUAUUAUGAACUCUAAUCUUAUUCACUUUUAUAUUUGCAAAGAUAUGAAUUUUCAAUUAAUUUAAAAAUAUAUGUAAUUAUUAUAUCAAAUAUAAUUAUUAUUUUUAAUUUUAAAUUUCAUAUUCGCGCUCUACUUUACAACAAAUUUAAUCAAUUUUCAGAUAACUCGAACAAUUUUUUAUUAUUAUACUUAUUAAAGAAUUUAUUUUUGUUAAUGAAGUUGAUAAAGAUAUUUUUUAAAUUUCAUAAUUUAACAUUUUAAAAUUAUAAAAUAUAUUUAUUAAUUUUUUUUCUUCAAAGUCGUAUAUGUAACAUGAUGGUCUCCAUAACCUCCAUGUUCAGAUGAACUAUUGUAUAAAAUAGUAAUUUGUAGGUAAAAUGAAUCUUUGAUUUAACAAAAUAUUUUGUAAGAAAUUAUGAUUUAUAGAAUCAACUUGUAUCUGUUUUAUGUAUGAACAAUAUUAUUCACAAUUGAUCGGUGCAGUGUUUUGAGUUAAGUUUCAAACGGAAGUAUUGCCCUGCCGGAAGCUAACUCUGACGUAGAGAGCUAAAGAAGCGUACACUUCCAUUUUCUCGACCCUUUCGGCGAAUAGAGAGCACGUGUUUGCUCGCCGGUUGCGUUCAGCUCAUUUUAUCGUACAAAACUUUGCAUCACAUUUGCUGCCUGUCCAAGUUUGGUAACUAAGGGUUGAAAAAUUCUAAUCAUUAUAUAGAUAGGUUAAUAUGAAUCCCGAAAAAUUGAAGAAGCUUCAAGCUCAAGUACGAAUCGGCGGUAAGGGAACACCCCGACGCAAGAAGAAGGUUGUACAUGCUACUGCUGCUACGGAUGAUAAAAAAUUACAAAGUUGUUUAAAAAAAUUAUCUGUGAAUACAAUUCCUGGUAUAGAAGAGGUUAAUAUGAUUAAAGAUGAUGGUACUGUCAUUCAUUUUAAUAAUCCAAAAGCUCAAGCUAGUUUAUCUGCUAACACAUUUGCCAUUACUGGUCAUGGCGAAAAUAAACAAAUAACUGAUAUGCUACCGGGAAUAAUAAGUCAAUUGGGUCCUGAAGGUGUUACACAGUUGAAACGACUAGCAAGUACAGUUUCUGGAAGUACAGUUGGUAAAUCAACAUUGGAAGAAGAUGAUGAAGUGCCAGAUUUAGUGGAGAAUUUUGAUGAAGCUAGUAAAGAGGAGGUUGCUCCAAAAAAGGAAGUGGAUGAAAAUGAUAAAGCAGCUGGUGAUAAAAAAGAAGCUAUUACAAUCAAUGAAAUGAAAGAAGCUCCCUUAGCUACACCUGAGGCUUAAAGUUACAAGCUAUUUCAUACAACUAACAGUUCUAAUUGACAAGUUAAGUAAUACAAAUUGCAAAAGCAAUGCGAAGUAUCACUAUACAUACGUUAUAAAUAUUUGACAUACCUUAUAAUAAUGCUAUAUGAGUAACAGUUAACAAGAAAUAAAAAAAAAAGCUGUUACAGAAAUCAAAAGUUUCUAUAAACAAGUUUAUUUUGUUGCAUCUGUAAGGUAGACUUUAUUUUGAAACAGCUAAAAUGAUCUUACAUUUCCUAAAUUAAUAUUUUGUAAUAUUACAUAUGAUGAAUAGCAUUUGAAUUUUAAACAUUUUUAAUUCAAAUGUUCAUUUACAAACGCGAUAUUCAUCUAUAAUUUUUAUUACGAUCAUAUUUAUAAUAAGAUCAUAUUUUUCUCAUUGUUACAUAUUGUGUUCGUAUCUGUUUUUACGUAUCGAGAACAAACAAUAAAGAAAUAGAGAUAUAAUUAGUGAAGCGAAAUGAAAUUCCGGCAAGAGAUAAUAGUUUUCCGCCUAUUUGCAAUGUAGGGGAAAGAAAUUUAUAUGCAUUGUAGAAAAAGAAAAAAAUGCGCGAAGUACUGAGGCACCUCUAUUUUAAUCGAAAUUGAUAUAUAAGAAUAGUUUAUCAUAACAGUGUUCCAGCGUGAAAAAUGAGGUGUAAUAUUUUGUAAUGUAAUCUAUGGAAUAAAUUUAUUUGCUGGAAAUGCGGUUUUCUACUUAAAAAUUCAUGUUCUUUAAAUGAUUAUAAUAGUACUUUGCCGAUAUUUAUAUCUUCAUUCAUAGAAUAGAUCUGUAAUAACUAUAAUUAUGAAAAUAUAAGUAUUCUCUGUAUAGUA